AAUCCCUGGAGCUGCUGUAGGCGGAGGGCUACUCUUACGUGGUGAGUUGAUAAGAUAUGGUAAGAGCACUGCUGGGAUAGCAGAUGGCCUUGCUGUAAUGGUACUGAAUAAACCACUCUGGGAAGAGAUUGGUGAGUGUAGCUAACCACUUGUAACUAUUGAUUUUUCUCACUGCAUAUGUAUACAUACGAUGGGACUAAUGAUGCGGGACAUUUAUUCUACUCACUCCAAGGUAGAAGUUAUAAAUGUUUGGUCUAGAUAGGAAGUAGGUCCUAAUAAAAAUCUAAACUAUUAAAGAUGAGAGAAAUUUAAUUAAUCGGUAUUAAUUUGAACACAUCCUUGGUGAGAGUCUGGAAUCCAUGAUCUGCCUUGCUCCUAGGUACUCUUCAUAUCUGCGUAAAACUCAGCAGCAGAAAAAGCUGGAAUUGUAGAAGCUUUCUGUAAACACCAAUCCCCAGAAUAUGUGACUUAUUAAUAUUACCAUGAUAACCUCGAAAUUGUUGUAUAAUUUUUUUUUCCAAUGACUCUGUCUGGAGGCUAGAAAAAUUAAACAAUUUUUAAAACUAUUUUAAAACAGAAAACUUGGACAUGGAGAUCAGUACAGGCACUGAUGCACAGUUUCAGCAACAAAUGAAUGCCUGCCCCAACCGAAAGGGGCACAUGUUGUAUAAACCAAUCUAUGAGUUCAGCAUCAUGGACCUCCCUCCUGCAUACCGUGACCGGGCGUUCUUUGACUUUGUGACCCGCUCGGCUGAGUUGGUUGCCCAAGUUGUGACAAACAAGGUCAGCGAAGGCAGAACGGUAGAGCUCCCGCUGCAUGCCCAGAGAGGUCAGGAGUUUCUGCGUGCUGCCACUGGAUGGUUCUGUGGAGAGUAUGAGAUUUUCUCCAAAGAGGACUGCAUUUGUCCUGAAUGCAAGGCAAGUGGGGCACCCAAGAAGAGGUAUGCAGUUUUCAAUUUGUGCACUGCCAAGAUGUUCAUCUUUGACAAGUCCGAGGCUGAGAAAGCUGUGGUCAAGUUGUUUUACAACAAAGAAAAUGAACCAGAAAACAUCAGCCUCUUGUAUGGGAUGGAUCUGUCAUACGACAAAGAUGGCUGCGAUUGGGUCCUGAUGAGAUGCUGUACUCAUGAUGAAAAAGCCAUCAUGCUUCUGUCCAGCUAUGUGACUAAUCUGAUAAGAGGUCACUUCCUGUGGAUGUGGCGUCAUCGCUUCACGCAGACCCCACUGAUUAUUUUUGUCUGCCACCCCCAUGGGCGUGCCAAGCAUAUUGCCUGCUGCACAGACCUCGUGCAAAGGAAAGUGCGUGACCUGCCAGACAAAGGUGAGCUGACCUACUACCUAUAUGGCCUGCCUACAUGCCGUGGGAUGUGCGGGGCACCCAUCCGGGUGUAUGGC